UAGGAUGAACCUUGGUCAUUUAUUUUCAAAUCGCACACCUGUCGAUGCUACUGACAACGCAGUAUAUCUUUGCAGCGUUUUCUCUGAAUUUGGUCUUUUCUCACUGGGGGUUGUUUUCCCGACCUCGACACAUCUAGGGAACCACCACCACCAUCCCGCACGGUUGGAAUUCCAGACACUACUUCAGCCUGGCCCUUUGUCACUUGGCUGCCAGUGUUUCUGUUCGAGGCUGACGAGGGAGUUUCGCUUCCAAUCUGCACACACAGGGGCGUCAUGCCUGCAGCUACGGAGGUGCCGACAGUCGCACUGUCAUUCGCCAACAAUUUCUGGGGGAAAGAUGACGCGGGUGUAGGACCGUUGCUAGAGCGCAUGCUCUCAGCAAAGCAAACAUGCGACGAACUCCGAUCCUUCUACAGCGCUCGCGCAUCCAUCGAAGACGACUACGCACGCAAGCUUCUGGCGCUCAGCAAAAAGUCCCUGGGUUCGCAUGAGUUGGGCACUUUGAAGCAGUCCCUAGAUACUGUACGAGGAGAGUUGGAGUCAAUGGGGAAGCAGCACGCAAGCAAUGCAGCACAGAUGAAAACCGAGCUCGAAGAGCCCCUGGCCGCCUUCGGUGGUGGCAUGAAGGAGAGACGGAAGAUUGUCCAGAAUACUGUCGAGAAGCUGCACAAGACCAAGAUGCAACAGACACAGACCGUCAACAAGACGAGAGACCGCUACGAGCAAGAUUGCCUCAAGAUCAAGGGCUAUCUAGCGCAAGGACACAUGGUUAUGGGCCAGGAGGAGCGUAAGAACAAGGCCAGGCUCGAGAAGACGCAGAUCAGCUUGGCCACCACCAAUGCCGAGUACGAGAAUGCAGUCAAAGCUCUGGAAGAUACUACCGCAAGGUGGAACCGAGAGUGGAAAGCUGCUGCCGACAAGUUUCAAGAUCUGGAAGAAGAGCGACUGGACUUCACCAAGAGUUCUUUGUGGACCUUCGCCAACAUUGCUUCGACAGUAUGUGUAAGCGAUGACUCCUCGUGCGAGAAGAUCAGGCUAUCUCUCGAGAACUUGGAGGUCGAAAAGGAUAUCAUCAACUUCAUUACCGAGAGGGGUACUGGCCAGGAGAUCCCGGACCCCCCAAAGUACAUCAACUUCUGCCGAGGCGAUGUGGACGAUCAUGAGUCGAUAGCUUCAGUGGACGAUGAUGCAUAUUCAGUGGCACAGUUUCCACGAAGUAUCAAUCCAGUGUAUCGCACUUCCUCCCCACAGCCGUCAACCUUUGAGUCACACCAUGACCCGAACUCCGCGACGGCUCGGGACAUGGCCCGAGAACUUCUGCAUCAUGACGAUGAACCUCCAGCAAGCCGAGAAGCCACCGCCAUACCACAAAAAGUACCAGCAUCUCUCAAUCCACUGUCUGGUAGCCGCCAAGGCCAUCCAAUCCAGCAGCAGCGCCAGCAGCAGCCACAGCAACAGCCUCAGCAACAGCCAUAUGACUCUACUGAUUUCGCGGCGGUGCCUCACGACCCUUACCCCAUGGAUGGCAUGACAAUGCUGUGUCGUACCGAUAGCAACGUACCAUCGGGCAUGAACUCGGCAACAAGCUCGAAUCUGUCAUCCAACCGGUCAUGGGAUGAUGCUAUGCCUUUGGGUCUGAACUCAGCGACGAGCUCGAAUUUGUCUUCCAACAGAUCAUGGGAUAAUGGUAUGGAAUCGAACAUCAACUCGGCAACCAGCUCGAACUUGUCAUUCAACCGACCAGCCAGUCGUGUCGAUAAUAGAGAUUACGCAGACGCACCUCCUUUCUCUAGUCAGGAGGCACUAAGCGGCAACGUAUCUCCACUCAAGCAGCAGCAGUCUACGCCGCCAGUUACGGAAGCACAGCCUGAGAAGCGCGGACUGCGGCAAAAGAAGAGCGGUUUCUUCCAAAACCACAGCCCUUUCCGACGUAAGAGUACCAAGGACAUUCAAGCAUCAAACAGAAACACAUGGGGUCCAUCAACGCAGAGCGUCUCUGGUACAGGAUCGGCAUCAAGGCGUUCAGUAUACCAGCCGGAGCAGAGCAUAGCGCCCGAUCGAGCGACUGCCAGCCCGGAGCCAAUCGAGGCUGAUGCGAGCCUAGCUCUCAAUAUUGGUAAUAACGUCUUCGCUGUAUCCAACCCCGACAGGCAAAAGAAGAAUGAGCCGCAGCCGCAGGAAGAACUGGAUCCUAUCGCACAGGCACUGGCAGAACUCAGAGAAGUUGCAGGCAAGAAGGAGUCUACUGAACGGGUUUCGGCAGAUCGCUAUCAUGGAAUUGCUACUCCCUCGCCGGCAUCAGCACCUCUACAAAACGAGGCACGACCAUAUUCUAGGUCGGUACCUGCACCUAGAGCCGGGAGUGAUGUAGGUGCUGGUCUCCGCGGUACGCCUCCGCCCUCUUAUGACCAACAAGUUCAACGACUCGGCGUGCCUGCUCCUGCCUGCACGAAGAAGGCGAUGCAAGCAACUUCGCGCAAGUACGAGCAGCAGACUCGGGACAUGUUCACCCAGAAUCGCCCUGGCUCGAGCGCCGCUCGUCCUGGCUCCAGUGCUACGCGCCCUGGCUCCAGUGCUACGCGCCCUGGCUCAAGCGCUACCCGUCCUGGCUCCAGUGCCACUCGUCCUGGCCCCAGUGUCACUCGUCCCAGCCCAGGCUCCUCAUACACCAGAAGCCAGUCAAGACCGGCUACACGAACUGCCGAGGUUCCACGUGCUGUAUCUCCCGCUCCCCCGCGGAGUGCAUCUCCUAGACCAGGUACACAGGCUGAGUUCCGACAAAGCAACACCAGCAACGGGUCUGCAUCCCCUAAUCCAUAUGCCAGCAGCCAGCACCAUCGCAGCCAGUCUUCGAUGAGCCAGGCACCACAGCGUGCUCCAGAUCAGGGAUACUACAGACAGCCCUCAUCAAACGACAUGCCGAGGUCAGCUUCUCCGGCACCUUCGAGGCUCAACUAUGACCGGCCGGGUAGCAGCCGUGUUGGCAGCGAUAUGGCGGUGCAGCCUGCGCCUGUAGACGAUGGUGGUUACGGGUCGCAACGCGGGCGUAACGGCAGACCUGGUACUAGCCAGAGCAGACCAGGAACCGCCCAAGGUAGACCAGGAACCAGUCAAGGCGGGCAGAUGGCGUUCUACGACGGCAGACAGCCAUCAGAGUCUCGUCAGCGCAGCAAGAGCCUCGCUGAUCCUAGUAGGCAGUACACCAACGAUGGGCGAGCAAUCCUACACUUUGCACGUGCUUUGUACGUAUACCAGGCAGCGAUUCCUGAGGAGUUGGGCUUCAGCAAGGGCGACUACCUUGCUGUGUUGCGACACCAGGAUGAUGGUUGGUGGGAGGCUGAGAUCCACUCUGGCAAUGAGCAAGGCAGAAGUGGUCUGGUACCUAGUAACUAUCUGCAGCCGUGUUAGAAGAUG